CCUUCCACUGCUCUCAUGGGUGGGGUUUUCUCUUGGCGCGCGCUAGGCGAUAGCCGGCUAGACCGCACACACCACCAAAAUCAUCCAUUGAUUCCCUUCCUCUGCUCUUUUUACUGCGAAACUUCGACACUAACCAACAGCACAUCGAACCUCCGCCAUGUCCCACAGGAAGUUCGAAGCCCCCCGUCACGGGUCAUUGGCAUUCUUGCCUCGCAAGCGCGCCGCCAGGCACAGGGGUAAAGUCAAGAGCUUCCCCAAGGAUGACCCCAAGAAGCCCGUUCACUUGACGGCCUCCAUGGGCUACAAGGCCGGCAUGUCCACCAUUGUCCGCGACUUGGACCGUCCCGGUGCCAAAUUGCACAAGAAGGAGAUUGUCGAGGCCGUCACCGUCGUGGAGACUCCUCCGAUGAUCGCUGUCGGUGUUGUUGGCUACAUCGAGACCCCCCGUGGUCUCCGCUCCCUCACCACCGUUUGGGCCGAGCACUUGAGCGACGAGGUCAAGCGUCGCUUCUACAAGAGCUGGUACAAGAGCAAGAAGAAGGCUUUCACCAAGUACGCCAAGAAGCACUCCGAGGACAACGGCUCUUCCAUCACCAAGGAGCUCGAGCGCAUCAAGAAGUACGCCCAGGUCGUCCGCGUGCUCGCCCACACCCAGAUCUCCCAGACUCCUCUCAAGCAAAAGAAAGCCCACCUUAUGGAGAUCCAAGUCAACGGUGGCAGCAUUGCCGACAAGGUCACUUUCGCCCAGGGCCUGUUCGAGAAGCCCAUCGAGGUCAGCUCCAUCUUCGAGGACAACGAGAUGAUCGAUGUUAUCGCUGUUACCAAGGGUAAGGGUUUCAACGGUGUCACUUCCCGUUGGGGCACCAAGAAGCUUCCCCGUAAGACGCACAAGGGUCUCCGCAAGGUCGCCUGUAUCGGUGCCUGGCAUCCGUCCCACGUCCAGUGGACUGUUGCCCGUGCUGGUCAAGACGGAUACCACCACCGUACCUCCGUCAACCACAAGAUCUACCGUGUUGGCAAGGGCACCGACGAGGGCAACGCCUCCACCGAGUUCGAUGUCUCCAAGAAGCAGAUCACUCCUCUUGGUGGCUUCGUCCGCUACGGUGAGGUCAAGAACGACUUCCUCCUCAUCAAGGGUGCCAUUCCCGGUGUCAAGAAGAGGGUCGUCACUCUGCGCAAGUCUAUGUUCGUGCACACUAGCCGUAGGGCUUUGGAGAAGGUGGAGCUCAAAUGGAUCGAUACGUCUUCCAAGUUCGGUCACGGUGCUUACCAGACACCGGCGGAGAAGAAGCAAUACAUCGGUACGCUCAAGAAGGACCUUGCGUCCUCAUAAA